UCGCGGAAGCGUUGGCCUGACAACCGCUGUAAUCUCUUCCUAGUGCUAAAGGUGGGACUAUCAAAAAAUCAUUUUCUAAGCAAUGUUUUAGAUUAAAUGUGUUCAUACACGACAGCGGAAAGAUAUCGCAGUGUACUGGCGGCAGUAACGACUUUAUUUGACAGAAAGCACUCAGAAGACACAAUGCCAGAAGUCAAGUCAAUAUUCAGAGAAGUUCUGCCUAAACAAGGGCAACUUUCCAUGGAAGAUGUCCCUACCAUGGUUCUGUGUAAGCCAAAGCUGCUCCCACUCAAAUCAGUCACCCUAGAGAAACUGGAGAAGAUGCAGAUGGAGGCUCAAGAGGCCGUCAAGCAGCAGGAACUGGCAAUGAAGGAGCAGUUGCAGUAGACACCCAAUGGAGGACUCGGAGCAGCAGGAAUGGUCAGAUUGGCAGAGAUCCUUCAGAUGGAUGGCACAGACCCAGAGAUUUCACGCACUGGUAGAAUAAGUAUUUGCAUGGACAGUCGAUGUCAAGAAGUUACUGAUGUUUGGCUGCAUAGAGCAGAUAAGAAGGGAGUUAUCACCUGAGCUUAACUCUUUUGAGAGUCUCUCUGUUCACUAGUUAUUGUCAAAUGUUCCACUGCAUGUCAUUAGUCGGGUACUAAGACUUGUGUACUUCUGCAGACUUUAUAUUUGUAUUGUUGUAUCUGUAAUCUCGCAUAAACGCAUACAAGAAAAUGUCAGCUAACUGCAUCCUUGUUGAGUGAAUGUAGGGCAGAGCAAUCUGUGUGUCAGAUUGAACAGUGACGUUGCGACAUGUAGUUGUGUGUUGAUGUUGUUACAUUGACAAAAGCAGUCUUGAAUUAUUUAAUAGUGAUUUAAUGAACAAACAAGGAGCAAUACGUGGUACAUUUCACACACCAGUAUUCCCCAGAUAUAAAAAUAAACACUCUAAACACCA